ACGAGAUGUUGGUUUCAGAUUAUCACGGAUCGACUAUCGUUUUAAAUGUUCCUGUUUCUUAUUACCUGCUUCAGAUCAUCAUGUCUGUCCUGCUACUAUUUAUCUCUCUCACAGCAGUGGACGGAAAAGAACAAACAGGAGCUGCAGUCAGACCUGUGGUUUCCUUCUCACCAAACUGGGCCACAAUAGCUAAGAAUGACUCUGUAACUCUCACAUGUAACGUGGGUUCUACUUCUCUGCAAAACCAGAGAUAUUCCUGGUACAAGGACAAUGAAAGGAUAAAGGGAGAGGAACAGAACUUUAGAAUUGAGAAUGCAGAAGAGAAGAACAGAGGGAAUUACCAGUGCCAGACUGGAACCAGUGAGAGAAGUGACCCAGUGACACUGAAUGUUACAAAUGAGCGUGUGAUUCUGCAGGCGCCCCCCAGUGUCUAUGAAGGGGACCAACUGACUCUGAGAUGUUACACUCCUAAUUCUACAGCACAAAAUGUAACUUUCUAUAAAGAUAAUGUAAACAUAUCAUCCUCCCCUAAUGAUACAGUCACAUUGGAUGCAAGUGUGGGACUGACUGGUACAUACAGAUGUAAAGCAUUGCUGCCGUCAGAAAUACGUCAUUAUGCUCCUUAUACAUCUGCUGAUAUAGUCAUAACCAUCCAAGAACUGUUUUCCAGGCCAGAGAUCAGAGCAAAUAAUAAUUCAUUACAGGAGGGAGAUCUACUGAAUAUAUCCUGCCAUACAGUCCUUAAUCCAGCCAGAGCCAAUACAGAGCUACAGUUUGCUUUCUACAGAAAUGGGCACAAUGUGCAGGGAUUUCAUUCAUCCAAUCAUUACACCAUCCAAUCAGCUCGGCCUCAGGACUCUGGCAGUUACACCUGUCAUACAGCAGCUCCAUCAGUCAGUGUAACGAAGGGGAGCAAAGAGCUAACCAUCUACAUACAAGGAGGAAUCAGUAAAUAUCUACCCUACGUAAUUGGUGGGAGCCUGGUGGCACUAUUGAUCCUCACAGUUGCUUGUAUAUAUAUGUACAGGAACAAAGCUCCCUCACUCCUACACUGUAACUGGCAGACGUACAGGACAGUUUCCACCAGAGACCUCCAGGAUGAAGAAUACAUUUCUUAUGCUACACUUGACUUCAAACAUCUGCGGAAAGAUGCAGAGGCCUCUUUAGGUCCUACUGGGCUGGACAAUCAAACAACACACAGCCCAAGCUCUACAGGGGAUGAUGACCAAUCUGAAUAUUGCAACUUUUCCACCAGAGAUCUCCAGGAUGAACAAUACAUUUCUUAUGCUACACUUGACUUACAACAUCUGCGGAAAGGACAAACACAGUGAUACCUACGUGGAACUGAAAAGUCAGAUGAGUUGAUAGAUAUCCUGUCUGUAGAAGAAGAAAUGACUGGAUCUUCCACCAAGGUUUAUGAAACCUCAACAAAAAGACAAACAAUUGAGCAUAUUUUUCUGUGUCAUUGUCAUCAGAACCUUCUGUCUUUUUUUAU